AUGAAGCCUAAACCCAAAGAGGUAUGGUGGAUUAGAUAUAGGAGACGUCAAAAGAGAAGAAGUGUCAGCUUUGAAAUGGUAUUCAGGCGAGCUUUUGCAGAAACUUUUAGGGAGUAUGUCGACAACUGCUCUAUCGCUGGUGUUAAGCAAAUGUGGGAUCCGAAGAUUGGAACUUUACAAAGACUUACGUGGGUAGUAAUUUUCUGCAUAAUGUUGACAUCAAUGGUGUACUACCUCCAUAAUAUUUGGUAUGAGAGCCUCGGCAAACCCCUGAUAGUCACUAUGGAGUCAUCCACCUAUCCAAUAUCGAAGAUAGACUUCCCAGCUGUAGCUCUAUGCAACAUCAACAGGAUAAGCAAGAAGGCGCUGAUCAACUUCAGUAAGGGAGUACAUUCAUUUGCGAAGCACAACGAAUCUCUCGCGGAGGUAUACGAGUUCUGUUCCCAGUUGGGGAGAUUGAUAGACUACACAUACAACGCAUCCCUGAGGAAUCACCCCCUAAUGGCAUCAUUUAAUGCGUACAUGAACAGCUCACGACAGAUUAUAAACGUGAUGAAGAUGCUAGCACCGUCCUGCGAUGAACAGCUCCUGAUGUGUUAUUGGGCUGGUAAGCUGGUCGACUGCAAGACUGCCUUCUCCGUCAGGAGAACUCCUCACGGGCACUGCUGUGUCUUUAACUACAUCCUGGCAUAUGAUUCUGCUGAUAAACCGGAUCAGACUUUGGACAACGCGAAAAAACAAUCUCAGGCUGGAUUGUAUAAUGGACUGGCGCUAGUCGUUAAUCCCAUGGUUGAGGAUUACCACUACCGAAUCUACAACAUGAUGGGGUUUGAGAUAUUAUUAUUCGACCCUACCCACUUUCCCGACCCAAGUGGUGGAAGAGUGAUCCAGCGUAGUGCCCAGCCCGACCAAGUCGUGAUGAUCAAAGUGACAUCCACGAAGCAAAUAGCAACUACGGAAGUUCGCAAGUACCCACAAACUACGAGGAAAUGUCUGUUCCACGACGAAAGACAAAAGAAGUUCAGCAACAUGUAUUCCUACAGCGCUUGCAUCGUCAGUUGUCGAAUACGAACUAUCCAAUCGUUAUGUAAAUGCACUCCGUUUUAUUUGCCCGUGCUACUGAAACAAAAGCGUGUCUGCAGCUAUGACGACCUGAAGUGUUUAAAUAAGUAUAAAGAAAAAUUCUUCUACUUAUAUCCAAUGGGGUCGACGGACGUCAGUGGUUUGGAGAUUGAGUUGGUGGAUUCCCUCUUAUGCCCUGAUUGUCUACCGGAUUGUGAACACACACAACAUUUCACCGAACAUUUGAAACUACCAUUGACAAAACAACAACACAAAAGGAAACAUCUUCCUGCCUAUUUCUUGUAA